ACUUCCUCUGUCCUCCCACAAACUCUCCUUCCCGUUACCAUCCACCCUGCUCCUCUACUAGAAAACCAAAACAAGGUAGGUGGUUUCAUGUUUUCCUGUAUAUCCUUGCAAUCUUUGGUAGAUAUCUGGACCAAUCCGAGUUGUUCUGUUUAUAUCUGACUAAUUGACUGUCAUAUACAAACUGUGAGGCUGAGGAGUUGAUUUUGGAUUUAUUUCUUGUUUCCCCUCCUAUUACCAAACACAGAGGAUAGUCUGUGAACAAUGGAGGGCACUGAGUCAACAACACGAGAGAGAACAACAAAGGAUGAGAAUCAGGAUGUGCUCUUUUCCAGCAAGCCUCUGCAUCGCUUUGUCCAAAGAGAGCCGAGAGCUCUUGGGGUAAUGUAACAUAAACUUUAAGCUCUAAAGAUGUCAACACUUUCAAAGAGGUACAAAUAAAUCCAAAGAGCAGCCAUAAACUAUUAGUGGAUACUUUAAUUAAUCCUUCUUCCUCUCUUUCCAGAUUGCCAUCGUGAUCUUUGGCUGUGCAGAGUUCCUGAUGGGAUUUCCGCUGGUCAACGAAAUUGAGAAAAGUUCUCUUAGAAUCUACAUCCCCUUCUGGCAGGGGGCUCUGGUACGUAAAAUCUAAGAGGCUGGUUAGCAGCUUGGCAUGUUGAAUAUGGUCAAAUAUUGUGCUUGACAGGCUCCAAUGCAAGGAACAAAGGUAUAUAAGGAGGAUAUACAGUAUAGUGAGCUGGCAUCCCGAGUCAACUUCAGCCGCUCUGAAACGAACGUAUUACAACAUGGUAUCCUGUUUCCUGAAUCAGCACAAAAACAAACUGUUAAUGGGGUUGUGUGCUGGACUGUUUCUCAACUGGUAGUGGUAACUUCUCAGGAAUAUUCACUUAAUGCCUGACCACCAUGAGGAAUAACUCAAUCACAUAAAUUCAUGUGGAAAGGGCUGAUUCAGCAAAAAAGGCAAAAGGCAUGUCAAUAUCUUCAAAAUUAAAUACACCUUAGAAAAAAUAUAAGCUCCUCGAAUUCCAAGAAGUGAAAUCUGUUAACUGUGCGUGCACAAAACUUUUGGGAACAAGUCAUUACCCUGUAUGCACAAAUUAUCUUGAGCCUUCAAAAUAAUUAUCUUGUGCACAUAAAAUAGCUUUUCUGUACACAUAGGAUGAUUUACUUAUUCUAACAAAAUAACCUGUGUACAAAUGAGACAUGUAGGAAUGAGAUAUUGUGCAAAUAAGGUAUCAAGAAAAAAUAUAUUUUACACACAUUAUACAAUGUUACUCUGUGGACUAUCAUGAAAAUCCAUUACUGGAGUAUAUUUUUAUUUUCUCUUCCGUUCUAUAAACUUAAGCCAGAAACAUUUUUUAAACAGGAAGAACUUUUUAUGGUUUCAUACAAGUUUGUAAAGAAGUCAAUAGAAAACUUGAUGUGUAAUCAGUGUCAACGCUCAAUCAAUCAAUGCUGUCUUUUUGUUUUGUUAGUUUCUUGUCAGUGGUAAUCUAUCGAUCUACACAGAGCGACAUCCAACCAAGAAGAUGGUAGGUACAUUAUGAUACCAGUUGACAUUUGAACUAUCUUCAGUUUCUAUUAUUUCCUCUUUCUGUAUACUCACCUAAAGUAAAUGAACUUUUCUUCACCAGGUGACAGUGUGUUUGGCCAUGUACGUCGUUUCCCUCCUGGGAAUUAUUGUUUCAACUGGUUUCAGGAUAGUCAGCCUCUCUUAUUUGGGCUACAGAACCAUGUACCCAUACUAUUUAAGUGAUCAGUGGGAACUUGACAGAAUGGUGAGUAAGAGCACGUAUUUUAAGCUGAAUGGAGGUAAUGCGGUUUCCAACAGUGUGUAUAGAUAGCUUUCUUUUUGACUUUCUUUUGCUGUAGAAGCAAGUUUAUGGCAUGGAAGCCGUAUUGUGUACCUGCUCUCUAUGUGUGUCGGUGCUCCUCAUCUUCCUGUGUGUCAUAGCAGGUUUGGCUCUGAAGUCCACACGCACACAGGUAAGGCAUAUUUCAUGGUUAUGUUUUCAAAAAGAGCUUCACUCACUAGAAUCAAACAUUUGUAAUAAAUCAAACGGUGCAAAAAGAAACAAAAGGACACCAAAAACAGACAAUGUAAAAGAAUAGGAUUGUAAAUCUCAAGUUUUAACAAAGUCUGCUGUCCCUUCAGUUGUAAUUUUGUGGAUUAUAAUCAGGUCAAAUCAGAUUUGUUUUUGUAGUAUCUUCAGGGUUAUCUUAUAUGACAAAGGUCUUUAUUGGGAAGCCUGAAUGAGAUUUUAGGUUAGAUUACAGAAAGAGUGCCAAAAAUUGGGAUUAAACAGAAUUAUUGAUUUCAAAUCCUGAAUCAUGAAAUCACUAAAUACUGCCUAUGUACAACUUAGUGUUGGUGCAAACUUAAAGGAGAGUCUUACAAUAGAAAUCCCAUUUGUGUGUCAGUUCAGAUUUUGUGGUUUUGCUUUUCUUGUCCCUUACUUGCACCACCUUUACAUCCUCAACAGAUUAUCAUCCAGCACACCUCAGCACCACAGAGUGACACACCAUCAAACUGAGAUCAACCCCCUCUGAUCUACUGAGUCCAUCCCUGGCUUUCCUGCUGUAAACCCACCCUGUGAAUGUUACAGCACCUUGAGGCAACAGCAUUUUAGCCAGGCAGAUGUACCUGUCUUGUUUCUUUCUCUUGGCUUCACUCUUGAGUUUGUGUUGCUGCAGAAAUAAAAGCAAUACUAAUCCAUAUUUUCAUAUGCACUAAUCAAAAGAUCAUAAUAACCACUACUCUCCUCUUAAGAGGCUGAUGUACACAGGCUGCAUGUGUCAUAAAGUUGCCUCAAUGUGGGGAGAUUCUGUCAUGUUUAACAUUUAAGUAAUAAUAUAAGGAUUUAGUUCUCACCAGGAAACCUUGCAUACAUUUCAAUUGCAUUGAAAUCAAAACUAAAUAGAUUCACAUGUUGAAGACACAAGUGAAGCUAAUGACAGUGAUUAAAAAGGAGGGAAAACACAGGAGGAAAAAGUAUUGCAUAAUUAAGCAGGAAUCACUUAGAAACUUCACCUAGGAACUGAAAAGUGAGACACACAGACAAAAUAAAUCACUGUAUUUGAUUUUCCUGAUAUUGUGCAGCCCUACAAUGAAUAUUCUGAUUGUAUAUUGUGAUAACUAACCCUUGCUCACUUAAUCCAUCGUAUUCAAUACUGUAUGUUUGAUCAGUACCCAUGUUAUCUGCAUUAUCAUCACAAGAUGAGCAAUAUCUCUUGAUAACCUCCAUAAUCAUAAGAAUCGUUGUAUACAUUUAACUGAUGAUAUUUUUACAGAACAACUUAAUUCAAUACGCAAGGACCCUGUGUUUGUUUUCCAGUGCAGCAUAUCCAUCUACCAUGUUUAACGCUAUGUUUAAUACAGUCACAGUUUGAUCAUUUUUUAGCGGACAGAUGGCAUCUACUCUGUAUAUUUUCCAAAUUUGAGUGUGUAUCUGUAAAGUUUGUCAUUGCGUUUACAUGAAUGUGAAGAACAUCAUUUUUCUGUGAAUAUGUAAAAAUCCACAGGUCUAGUCCCUCAGAAACAGCUGAUGGCUGGGAUACAAGGAUUCUGCUUCAGCUUUAAGUGGUGCAAUUCAAAGAAUAUUGAUUAUCUUUGUUAAAUAAACAAUGAAAUCGGA